AACGGGACCCGGAGAGCAGAGCGGAGCGGAGCGGAGCAGAGGACGGUCGGUCAGCCAGCAGCCUGCCUGUCAGCCUCGUGAUUUCUUUUCUUCCCCCCCCCCCCUUCUCCUUCGCUCUUUCGCCGAAAACACACGCACUUCUCGGGGGACAUUGCGGCGCGCGAAGAGCCGUGUCCGCGUCCUGCUAUGGACUUCUUUUGUUCCGGCGAGAAAAAGAGAGAGCAAGUGAAGCAGCAACAGUGAACAAAAAAAAGAAAAGAAGAAGAAGAAGAAACCCCUCCAGUGGAAAUACUAUCUGACAACUCCAUUUGCUCCGCGGGUUGCCAGCGCGAACGGUACGAGCACGAGAUCUCGGCGCGAGCUUCGGCCGUCGCGCGGAGCAGGAGGCCGAAGGAAGGGACCGCGCGCGCGGUACCGUGUGUGUGCGGGUCCGCUGUAUACCUGCACUUUUUUUUUUUGAAGGGGCAGAAGGUUGGAGGGGGGGUUUGACUGCUCCUGCAAGCCUACCUGUUCAGCCCACACUCGGCGGUCGAGCCGUCAACUUUUACAGCCAUUACGCUGAAAGGAGACACGCGAGGGACAAUGGUGAAUCCCGGAGGCAGCAGCCAGCCUCCGCCGGUGGGCACGGGCUCCCUGUCCUGGAAGCGGUGCGCGGGCUGCGGGGGGAAAAUCGCAGACCGCUUCCUCCUCUACACCAUGGACAGCUACUGGCACAGCCGGUGCCUCAAGUGCUCCUGCUGCCAGGCCCAGCUGGGCGAGAUCGGCACGUCGUGCUACACAAAAAGUGGCAUGAUCCUCUGCAGAAACGACUACAUCAGAUUAUUUGGAAACAGCGGAGCUUGCAGCGCCUGUGGCCAGUCCAUCCCGGCCAGUGAACUGGUGAUGAGGGCGCAGGGCAACGUGUACCAUCUCAAGUGUUUCACAUGUUCCACCUGCCGGAACCGGCUCGUCCCCGGGGACCGGUUCCACUACAUCAACGGCAGCCUGUUCUGCGAACACGACAGACCCACAGCACUCAUGAACGGCCAUUUGAGUUCACUGCAGACGAACCCACUACUGCCCGACCAGAAGGUGUGUUAAGCGGGAGCUGUGCAGGAAGCAGGAUGUGUGCCUUCAUUCUAGCCCUUACUCAUCGUCACCCAAGACAAGCGUGGAUCAGCAACACCCCGCCGGCCUUUCAGCUGCGCUCCCAGGCCCUUUGCCCCCAAAAGGAAUCCUCUACCCGUCCUUACCAGUAACCCGACUUUUAUUUCUGCAACCCCACACCCCGACGCUCAGCCUUCAACCUUGGCUUUUUUCCCCAAAUACGGGUGGAUACUUGCACUUAACCGCACCUGAAUCAGGACGCCGAGGACUCCCGUGACCUUGGAAUAAAAAAAGAAGAAGGGCGGAGACGGAUCAGAAACCGAGGGGGACUCUUUGAAGAGGAGAAAAUUCAAGUAACACACGAGAGGAUGUUGUGACUGAAGUGAGGGAGAAGGAGAAAAAGACUAAUGAGGUUAAAGAGAUGCAGGCUUUUCAACUGCAUAUUUGUUUAAAGACAUUUUUUGGGGGGGGAAACCGGUUUCAUUUUUCCUCUCUUCCUUUUUCUAUCCUCAUUUCCCAACAACAUGGUGUUUUCACUUUAUAUAUUUUAAGUGUUGUCAAAAGGGAAUGUGUUUUUUCUCUGUUUUUCUUUUUCUUUGGUGGUAAAUGUAUAAAAAGAUGGGGUUUAAAAGAAAAAAAAUCUGUGGCUUUUUGUGGAAAACAAAUCAUGAACACUCUCUUAGGUGUAUUUGUAAAACUACCAUGUAUGUACAGUAUGCAUGUAAAUGUCGUUGUCCAGGCGUUGCUACAGUACAUUCAACCUCUGCUCCAGACCCCCCCCCCCCCCCACCACCACCACAACCCCUGAACCCAUGGCAAACUGAAGAAAAUCUGCUCAUAGUCAGUAAUGUAGAGAUCAUCACCAACAUAUAAAUGCCGAAUGAGAGAGAAAUUUAUUUGUGAUAUUUUUCCGAGACAUUUGCUCAAGUAUGGUGUAUUUAAUUAAUAAAAAUAUGUACGAUU